AUGUCCGAAAACGAAUAUCCGUUAAAAACGACAUUAGAUGUUUCAGGAACCUUAACUGAAACAUUAUGGUUUCCAGCUGACAAACAAACUAAAAAAUCAUCCAAAAAUAAUUUGAUUUUUUUCAUGAUACCUGGUAAUCCUGGCGUUAUUGAUUAUUAUACCAAUUUUUUAACGACGAUUUACGAAGAACAUGGGAAAUUGAUUAAUAUCGUUGGAGUUUCACAUCUAGGCCAUUCGCAUGAUCCACACAAUCAAUCCACAGAGGCCCUUUAUUCGUUACAAGAUCAAAUUGAACAUAAAAUCAUGUGUCUUGAUAAGCUAAGAGAGAAAUUUGAAAAAGAGGGGGACGUUAAACCGAAAUUUAUCUUGGCUGGCCAUUCCGUUGGUGCACAUAUUUGUAAAGAGAUAUUAAAAGCGCGUCCAAAUCACGGAAUUGAAAUGGUAUACGCUUUAUUUCCUACUUUACAACAUAUUCUAAAAACCCCUAAUGGUGCUAUAUUGAAUCCUCUCUUAUUUGGUGAAUUUCAAAGGAACAUGUCAGCAUCAUUCGUCCAACUAAUUCGCACGAAUUUAUUUCCUUCAAUUUUCAAAUUCUUGAUAAGAUUAUGUACUGUUCAAUCUGAUCCUUAUCUUAGCAUCACUACUGAUAAAUUACUUCACGGCCAUAUAGUUAAAAAUGCUCUUUAUAUGGCAAAAACAGAGAUGGAAGUUAUUACUGAAUUGGAUGAAGAAUUCUAUAAAAACAAUUUGAAUAAAUUUGUAUUUUAUUUUUCUGAUGGUGAUGGCUGGGCACCCUUAAGUCAUUAUGAAGAUAUGAUAAAAAGGUUUCCGGAAGGAAAGAUUUUAUUAUGUGAUCAGGGAUUGCCACAUUCUUUUGUGAUUGGAUAUGGUGAAAUAAUGGGAAUGAAAGUUUCAAAUUGGAUUAAAGACAUGAGAGAUGAUUAG